AUGGAUGACAAUGCAAAUUACCAGUCCCCCCCGCCGCGGAAACGCCGGCGACCAGCUCUGUCGUGCGAACAAUGUCGUCGCCGAAAAGUCCGAUGUGACCGAGAAAUGCCGUGCGGACCCUGCACCAAAGCCCUCGACUCGUUGAGCUGCUCAUAUGUCCAUGAAGGUAAAGCUGCUUUGGAUUCCCGACUUGAGGUAUCAAGGAUCAGCGAGGAGCACUCGUCGUCGCGAUCUGGAAUAUAUGAGGCGACUGCGCGUACCGGAGAGUCUAGCAAUGAACUCCGUUUCGCACAGCUGGAGAGCAGCAUAAGAGCACUACAUGAUCGGGUGUCGAAACUGGAGAAUCCUGAUCAAUCUAAUAAUGUUUCGGAAGAUGCGUUGCCGGACAAUGUAAAUUCUGGCUUAUCUCGCAGCCUUGGGGACCUGGAGAACCGCAUCGCCGAGUUAGAACAACGGCGAGUGGCCAGUCCAUUGGGACGUUCGGAUCAGCCGAGAACUACGAUCCCGCCUUUGGCUCCGCGAUUGACACGCUCGGGAGAGAGAAUGAAACUAUUUGGCACAACUCAUUGGGCACGAGCUUUUAAGCAGUUUCGUCUUUUACGCCAAGUGCGUGGCACAGCAAGCUUCACCGAUAGCAGCAAGAAUGAAAUUAGUCGAGUACUGGGAGAGAUCAUUGGAUUGAGACGAAUUAUCAAAGGUCGGCAAGCGCCUCCGCUCGCAGAUCCAGCCCCGGGUCUUCUGAAUGAUUUGCCCAAGAGGGAAUUGUGCGAUGAGCUCGUCCAGCAUUAUCUGCGUACACUGGGGUUGAUUUACCGGAUUAUGCAUUUUCCAUCUUUCUAUCAAGAAUAUGAACGUUUCUGGGAGCAGCCUCGCUCCGCAUCGACAGCCUUUGUCAUGAAGCUUCUCCUCAUUCUCGCCAUUGGGUCUAUCUUUCAUGAUGAACCAGGACCCUCGAGUCACCCACAUGUACCUGUUCGACGUUGGAUUUAUGCAGUGCAAUGGUGGCUGACAGGGCCUUUUGCGAAAGAAUUAGGAAGUCUUGAGAGUUUACAGGUCCACUGCCUGCUACUUCUCUGCCGCCAGGCGCAUGCCAUCGACAAAGAGACAAACUGGAUGGCUGCAGGCACGCUAUUGAGACAAGCCGUGCAUCAAGGUCUGCAUCGAGAUCCGCGGCAUUUCCCAACCGUCUCACCGUUCGAUGCGGAGAUGAGACGGCGGAUUUGGGCUACAGUGUUGGAAAUCAAUGUUCAAUUCUCAAUCGAUGCGGCAAUGCCUCCAUUUCUGACUCCAGAGGAUUAUGAUACGCGCCCACCUGCUAACUUGGAAGAUAAUGACUUUCAGCCCAAUACGAGCGAUAUGCCCCCUUCGCAGCCCAAGGACUUGUACACUACAUCAUCUCUUCAAACUCUGCUUCUGCAGUCUUUGCCCACCCGCUUGCGCAUCGCCCGGGUCAUCAACGAGUGCACGAAUGAGCAGUCAUAUGAGGCUGCUCUCAAGCUGGGCAGCGAGCUCUCGGCGUUAUGCCAAGAGGUGAAUGUCAGAUUUCACAAUUUUAUGCCUCAAACUGAUGAAAAUGCAUUCAAACCUACUCAAUUUCACCUUCGACUCGUGGAGUCUAUACUCCGGCGCUUCUUGCUCAACCUGUACCGGCCUUUCGCGAUACAAGCCACUCAUGAUCCACGCUUCUACCUUUCUCGAAAACUUAGCCUUGACUCCGCUCUUAUCAUGGCUUCGUUUGCUGACGGAGUCGACCCGUCCUUAGAAGCUGACCUAGGGCCGUAUCAAGACUAUAAACGCCUUUCAUUUUCAGGCGCGGGGGUUUUCAAAGGGCCCCUCUCUCUAGACGUCAUCAUGGUAAUUAGUCUAGAGCUUGUAACCCAAAUAGAGGAAGAAGCCGCCAUCCAACCCCCAGGCUCGGAUUCAUUACCCCGAGGUGUACUAGGACAAAUCGCGGAAGCAGCUCGUGCUCCACUAGUUAAUAGCCUGGAGCGCAUUCAGGCGAGUACUUACGAAGGUUUGGUGGCAGGGAUACCUAGUGUUAAGCGAUACGGUCUUCUUGCUGGCAUACUCGCCCAGGUCCGCAGUCUGCCCCGCGGAGAGGAAGUUCAAUAUUCGAAUAUCCGAAAGGCGCUUCUAGAUAGCAUGCGAACCUGUCAGACGCUCCUUCAAAAACACGUAUCGAAUGGGAGUUGGAUGUCCGCGGAAGGAAUGCCCCUCACGCCUGCUGUCGCGGCGAGCGGGUUUACCCCCGAAAGUGGGAUCGGCUCGAGUCUGGAUUCCGAGUAUAUUAUUCCAAACUUAGGCUUCGAGGGCUGGGACUUCUGGGAUUUUCCAUCUUCGAUAACUGGUGAGGAGUUUGAAACUUCACCAUUGGCCCAGGUCAUCUUUAAGUAA